GAGGUUGAGUAAAUCAGAUUGGCAAUACUGCAGACUGAGACAGAGGGGACAGAAAAUACAUCACAACAACAGGAAAAGUUCAGAAAAGUCCAAAUCCAGGAACGUAGGAGACUGUGUGCAUGAGUGAGAGUGAUGGCUGGAGCAUGGCGCUGCAUGUUGGCAGCGGUUGCCUUGAUGUGUGUGUGUUUUUGGGAAUCAACCGAGGCUGUAGGGGCGGCUGUAAGUCGUCCACGACCCCAGAGACCACGUCCUAAGAAGCCAAAGGUCGACCCUAUUGACCUGGCCCCCGCAGCACAGAACAUAGACAUACAACAGAUGACAGGAACAUGGUACCUGCUCAACAUGGCCUCUAAAUGCUCUUACCUGAUAAACCAUGGGACCAAGGUGGAGCCCACGGUCAUGACCCUCACUCGCUCCCCUGACUCUGACCAAACACUGUCUGUUAGCACUAAAACCCGACAUAAUCACCAGUGCUGGGAGAUAUUACAGCGCUACCAUGUUUCACCAGCCACAGGCAAGCUUACACUUAAAGGAGCUCGUUCUGAGCUGGACACGGAGAUAGUGAUCGGGGAGACGGACUACAACUCCUAUGCCAUCAUGUACUUCCAGAAACGGGGCCAGAUCAGCAUUAAACUCUACAGCAGAUCUGUAGACAAUCUGUCUGAGCCACUGUUGAGCAAGUUUGAGCAGCUUGCUGAAAAACAGAAAUUUGGCCUGGCCUACCUCUUCCCCUUCCCCACCUACAGUCAUUGUGGUGCUGUGGACCAGGACCAUGUGAUCAACUGUGACCCUGCAUGCUGAGGAGGCAGAACUGUGCUGCAGACAGAUCCAGCCUUGAGGACUUUUCCUGCAGAUGCCUGAAUAUUUAAUCAUGUAAAAAUGUGUCUAAAUACUACAUCAAGGACUAUCAAUUGUAAAGCGCUGCAUUGUCACCAUUUACAGAUCAAUAAAACCAAACAGACAAUGAA